AAUAGCCCUAGCGUUACAGAAUUAAUGAAAGAGGGAGCAGCAUGUCCCCCUUCAACUGUAGACCAGUCUGUCAUUCAGGACACUGUUCUAGAUAGGAUGCAUACUGACAAUGAGCGGAAGCGUAAUUUAACAAACGAUCAAAGGGAGACGAAAAACACAAGGAGCAGAGCAUGCCAUCAGAAGAGAAGUGACGAAUUAACAUUCGAGGACAGAGAAAUAAUCAACGGAAAAAGACGCGAGAGGAGCGUGCAACGCCGUAAAAGCAUGUCGGCGAAUGAGAAGGGGGAGUCAAGUGCACAGAGAAAGGCAAAUUAUGACCGAAGGAAAAAAACACCUUGCAAAGAAUGCAUCGCAAUCCCCCUUACAGAACUAGCAAUCUCAGACUCCGAAUGUCCCGCAUUCCCUAGCCGUGCAUCAAUCGUCUCCCAGGCCGCAAAAGAUGAUUCAUCUGAUGACGAUCCGGGGACGAAUAUGCCGACAUACUCUGCCGUUGCCGCUGAGGACAUCGAUGUUUUCCAAAGCGGGACCAUGCGUCAUGAGCAUGAAGCACAUGAAUUGAUUGAUGAGGAGUACUAUAUGUUUUGCAACGAAGGUAUUGCAAACGCUACACUAUUUAUGAUUUGGAGCUCUUUUGUAGUCUCGUUUAUUUGUUGUUCGUGAAUUGUACGUGAUUUUGCAUCAAAUCCCCUUAGGGUCCGAUAAUGACGCAUUGGAUGAUGAUGAGGAAGCGAGCAAGUCUACCGAUAUGCUUAGCGAGAUUGAUCCAUUUGACACUGUCUACUCAAACAUUCCAGACAGCACUCACGUCCUGAAACUCGGUGAAAAUUGCAAACACUGUAUGGCCAGGAAGUUUGAAUCUGAGACUGACGGCUUCUGCUGUCGCAAUGGUCAGAUCCAGCUUAAGCAACCGGAACCAAUCCCAGAGCUAAAGAGGCUAUGGUCCAGCAUGGAUGCAGAUUCUAGACAUUUUCGGGAGAACAUACGGUUCUUCAACGGGCAUUUCGCCUUCACCACCCUUGGCGUCAGCCUAGAUGAAAACUACACAAACAUGAGGUCUGGGGUGUACACAUUCCGAGCUCACGGCACCAUCUACCACAAUGUCCAUUCGUUCGGGCCAAGCUCGCGUCCAGAACAUCUGCAAUUGUACUUCUAUGACGACGACCCUAACCUAGAUCAUCGUAAGGCGGCCACCAAGCAAUUAGACCAAGAUGUCGUGAAGAGGUUAGUAGACAUACUCAAAGAAAACCCAUACUCCCAGCAAUUUAGGAGUUUGGGUGCACGAAAGGACAGCCUUGAUGAUUAUAGGAUAGACCUAAACACCGAUAAGAGGCUGGACCAAAGAAGGUAUAAUAGACCGGUGUCCUCUGAGGUUGCUGCAAUUUGGGUUGAGGGCACUGACCUAGCAAAAAGGUUUGACCGCAAGAUAACACUUUGUGGUAACAACGACGAAAGGCAUAGUAUUCGUGUGACCUCGGGGGCAUACGACCCGUUGUCUUAUCCAUUAUUCUUUCCAAUGGGGGAGCUAGGUUGGCAUCCGAAGCUACCCAAACGUAAUGUUGAUUGGGAUGUUGUCCAAAAUCCUCGUUUGUAUCAUGAUGAUGAGGAUGAUGCAGGUAUGUCGUUUUGUGUCCCACUUUGUUAAAAAUAUCUUGUUGUGUUUGAAGAUAAUGCUCACGCGAUCUAAAUCAAAUGUGUGCAGAGGGGAAUAGCAGGUUAUGCGUCUCCGUUAGAGACUACUACUGUUACAUGCUGCAAACAAGGCCUGCAAUCUUCAAUCCAAUUCUCUGUGGAGCACGCCUACUGCAGCAAUGGGCGGUUGACAUGUACAUUAAGAUUGAGAGCUGUCGGUUGAGGUGGUACAGGAAG